AUGGUAGCAGCGACUCCUCCUGCGUCUGGUUUCGCUUUGCACGCAUCGAAACAACCAGCACCGAAAACACUCGCGGAGAGAUUCGAACAAUUUCUCGUCCAACAUCACCUCGAGGCGUUGCGACAGAUUUUAAAACAUUCGGACACUCGGACGCCGCAUUCCAUCCACGUGUGCGCGAUUGAAUUCGCACACGCGUUGCCGCAGUUAGCGAACGCGGUGUUAGCGCGACCGACGACGUCUAUGGGGGUUUUGGACGAAGCGGCGAGAGCGGCGCAGGAGAUUGUACGAGUGCGAAUGGUGGAGGAUUUGAGGAAGGAGUUGGAAGCGGAGAAGCGAAGAGGCGGAGGAGAUGAUUAUGAAGGAGAGGAAGACAUCGACGAGAAAAUGAAAGAAUUCGCGCGAAGGCACAAGGUGAAACAAACCGUUCGCGUUCGCGUGGACUUUGAACGGUUCAAAAGCUCCUUUCCGAGUUUGAACAUUUCCAGGUACGUCAAGAACGAACACGCCGGUCGCAUGUGGACGUUGAAGGCGAAAGUGACCAGAGUUGGGUUGACGAAGACGUUCGAGAGCGACACGCUGUACGAGUGCGCGAAAUGCGGUCACCGGUUUUUGUUGCCGAGGAAUUUGGAGGAUGGGAGGCCAGAACCGACGAUGCCGGAGGAGUGUCCGAGCGCGGCGGAGAUGGAGAAGUACAGCGCCGCAGACUCUGAGAGAUUGAGUAAGAAAACGAAAGCGUGCACGAAUCGAACGUUUCGUCGAGUGGAAUGCACAAUGCCGGUGGCGAGAGAUUAUCAAGAGAUUUGCGUGCAAAUAUGCGAAGACGAGGAAGAUGAGGAAGAUGAGGAAGAAAGCGAUUCGGACGGCGACGAUGAUGGAUUCGAGGCGGACGCGCAAAAAUUAGCGCAUUCGGGGAACGACGCCUCCGCUCGACCGGGACGAAUAGCACGCAAAUACUUCCCCGAAGACGACUCAGAAAACGACGACGUUGAUUCCGACGAUGAAUUGCGAGCGAUUGGUUUACGCUCUAAAGCGAAUUUAGGCGGUGCGCAAAAACAUUUGCUCGUCGUCCUAAAAGACGACCUCGUGGACGCUGUCAAGUGCGGCGACGAACUCCUCAUGUCCGUCGUGAUUCGUCGACGAUGGUUGAAAGCCAGUCGGGAUAGAAGGUGUGAAAUAGAGCUCGUCGCGCAUUGUAACUCACUCACCGUUUUGAGCGUUGAUGACGAGGAAGGAAACGCCGGCGACCGGAAAACGAACGACGUCGAGGACGACCAAGAGUACGAAGAGAUGAAGGCGUCGUUCGAGAAGUUUUGGCAAUCGACGAGCGCUCAAAAGUAUCCGUUGCGAGCGAGGGAUAUCAUAUUGAAAUCGUGUUGCCCGCGAGUAUUUGGUAUGGCUGGAGCGAAGUUAGCCAUGGUGCUCGCCUUAGUCGGUGGCGUCGCUCGAGAGGAUGUCAAGACGAAAACGAAAGUGAGAGGCGAGGUGCACUUAUUAUACGUCGGCGAUCCGGGUAUAGGUAAAUCGCAGUUGCUAAAAACCGCGUGCCGAUUAGCGAAACGGUCCGUGUUUACCACCGGUUGCGGUUUAACUGCUGCCGGUUUAACGUGUGCUGCCGUUAAAGACGCCACCACCGGUGAAUGGGGUCUUGAAGCUGGCGCGCUCGUCCUCGCCGAUAAAGGCACGUGUUGCGUAGAUGAAUUCGACGGUAUUCGCGAACACGAGCGGGCCACGAUUCACGAAGCCAUGGAACAGCAAACGUUAUCGGUUGCUAAAGCUGGGAUUAUUGCCACGUUGAAUUCGCGAACGAGCGUUAUUGCGGCGACGAAUCCUAGAAGAGGCACGUUUGACGAUCGAGAGAGUUUAGCGGUGAAUACCGGUUUAGCGCCCCCGUUGCUUUCUCGAUUUGAUGUCGUUUUAGUCCUGAGAGAUGCCAGAGAUCCAGAGUGGGACGAGCGCGUCGCGUCGCACAUACUCGGAGAAGUGGAUGAUAACAAUAACAACGGUACCAUUAAUAAGCGGUUAAAGCUGUCCGCAUCGGCGCAAAAGAAACCGUUCUCCUUUGACGGAUGGCGCGCGAGUCAAAACGCGGGGAACGCCAACAACAUGAACAUAAACAAUCGAGAACUGUACGUUCCCGCAAAUGACAAAAAUCGCUACCGAAGUUAUAGUAAAAAAGGAUUCGGUGACGAUCAACUCUCAGAUUCCGACGAGGACGAUGAAAAGGAAACCGCCGAAGAUGUCGAAUUUUUUGACGAAUCCACCGCUCUUUGGAGCUUUUCGCGCGUGAAAAAAUACAUCAAAUUUGUCAAAUCGCGAUUUGAACCAACGUUGGACGAAGACGCGGAAAGAAUGCUCUCCGCGCACUACCAAAAUAGACGCAGGCAAGUCGCAGAAAACAGAGUGGAAUUAGGACGAGCGACCGUGCGCGCGUUGGAAUCAUCCAUUCGACUGGCGCAAGCGCACGCAAAACUGUGCUUUCGCGAGGUUGCGACAAAAAUAGACGCCACGGUGGCCAUCGAACUCGUCGGAUGCAGCGAAGACGAAAUGAUGGGUAAUAAUAUGAAUCAUAUCGGGCAAAAAGGCGUUGGAAUCUUAAUGCGAGAUUUUGCUCGAUAUCCUGAUCGACAGCUGAGUAAAGCUUUUAAAACUUUCGAUUUUGACAUCAACGGGGAUGAGUUUCGAUAG